AUGGAUGUCUCGAGCGAGGCCUCCGUGCGGGAGGGCGUUCUAGCGGCCGAGCGCCUCUGCGGUAAUGAGACGAUCGAUCUGCUGAUCUGCAACGCUGGUUUUGCACUGCCGAUGCGCUUCGCCGACUGCACUAUCGAUGACGCGAAGGCAAUGAUGGAGGUGAACUACUACGGCUGCCUGCGCCUCCUCUGGGCGCUGUUGCCCAGCAUGUUGGAAGCAAAGCGGGGGAGGGUGGUGCUGACUAGCAGCAUGGCGGCGCGAGCACCCAUUGCAGGUUACUCCUUGUACGCAGCCACGAAGGCAGCGUUGCGUGCCUUCGCCCAUAGCGUGGACAUGGAGAACAGCUGUUUAGGUGUGCGCGUGCAGGUGGUCAGCCCUCCUGAUGUUGCGACACCAGGGUAUGAGCAAGAGGAAAAGAUCAAAAGCCCCGAGUGUCGGGCUAUUUCAUCUUUUGGCGGAUCUAGUCCCUUUAGUGCUUCUGAUAUGGGCGAGGCAAUCGUUUCCGGUAUCGAGCACUACCGUUUUGAUAUCACCCUUGGUGGGGAUGGUAUGUUGCUUAGCUUGGGCUCAGCGGGCAUGGAGCCCGUGACGAGUAAGUGCACCCUACUCGCGCAGGUCUUUUUUUCCGGGCUAUUAUGUCUUGGGCUUGCUGUAUUUUCAAAGAUUCAUUAUCGUAUAGUGAAACGUAUCCGGCUGCAAGAAGCUGGAAAAAGCGCAAAAAAGGUAAACUAG